CCACCAAGUCUUCAAAUUCUACCUCCAAAUGGCCAAAUAGUCACGAGGAAAGGAGGUCCGGUUUCCUUCGAAUGCAAGGCAAAUGGGAAUCCCCCACCCACAGUCCAAUGGUCAAAAAAGGACGGUUUGCUACCUUCAGGCCAUCAAGUUGAAACUGGUUACCUGCUCAAUUUGAACGAUGUCAGAAGACAAGACGGAGGAGUCUAUCAGUGCACUGCUUCCAAUGGAAUUGGACAGCCAGUUACUGGGGAAAUCAAACUCCACGUGCUCUAUCCUCCAGAGGUCAGUGUGCUCAGAUCGUGGGUGAAUUCUGGAGAAGGCUUGGAAGCCAAGCUGGAUUGUGUAGUUCAUGCAGAUCCACCAGCUGAGGUGACGUGGUACCAAGACUCGUUCCUGUUGCAACCGACCGACAGGCGGCUGAUGUCGAAGGUAGGCAACACGCACACUCUGACCAUCAGGAACGUGCAGCUGUCCGACUUCGGCAACUACAGCUGCGUGGUCUCGAACUCCAUCGGGAAGGACAAGCGGUACAUGGAGCUGUCGGGCAAACCCGGCCCCGCCAAGGUCAUCAGCGGGCAGUACUCCAAUCCGCACGAGUACGACCUCAAGUGGGUGGUGCAGUCCGUGUUUCCGGUAAUCGAGGUCAGGAUAUUGUACAGGAGGAUAAUGUCCAACUCAUCUUACCACCACCCUGGUCACUGGCAUGACCUAUUGGUGAAGCCUGCACAAACUUUCAACUCAGCCACAAGCGAGAGGAGCCAAAGGUACCGUCUGACUGACCUGCAGCCCGAUUCGGUGUACGAAUGCCUGGUGCAGACGAAGAAUCAGCACGGCUACGGAGAGCUCUCCGAUCUCCACCAGUGGUCGACGUCUUCGAGAGGUCGCUUCAUAGUGCAAAGCGGUACCACCAGAAAACGGUGCCAUCUAACGGUGUUGAUUAUGACUAUGGUCGCGGUUUUGUCGAAGACUCUCUAG